AUGAACAUGAUCACUGAAAUGAACUCUUCCAGAACAUCUUUCGAAUCAUCAUUUUUUAAUGAAUCUCCUCUUGUUCGUUCAAGAACAUCCUCUUUUUCAACCAACAACGCAACUUCUUCUUAUACAAGCUUACCAUUCUUCUCGCAACAAAACAAUCAACAAUGUUAUACAGGAUCAGGUCAUUUAGAAGAAGAUAAAAAAGCAAGAACCGAAUUAAUUACUGAAAUCGCAAAUGAUGAUUUAUAUUGUCCCGUUCAACCACAACAAAAAAAAGAAAACACAUCGUCAAGAGGAUUAAAUUCUUUCCUACCUCGCAAUUAUAAUGGAGUGAUGGAAUCUACUAACAGUAAUGACACUUGGGCUUUUUAUCAAAAUGACAUGUUUAAUACCACUAAUAAUAUGUUUAGUAGCUUUGAUGGUAUCAAUAGUGUCGCUUGUCAGUAA